UAGAUAUAUAAAACAUACACCAAGUAGAACAAGCUUUACAGUUCGUUUUCCAUUGUUUGCUUUUAAAGUUCUCAAGUGCAUGUUUUCAGUAUGAAACUGUUGGAGUCCCAUAAGUUGCUAUUCGUAGCCGUGAUUGCUGCAUUCGUGCAUGUCUCAUCAGCGAUAGAUUGCAAAGAACUUUGGGAAAGGAAACAUGAAACCAAAGAGUGCUGCACAGCGGACACGUUCAUAAACUUUGAAGCUCUACAAGAAAAUAUCGAUGCGCAAGAAGGAAAUCAUCAUGAGAAAUUUUUCUGUGGCGUUCAUAAGUUGCUGCAAGACCAGAACCUAAUCGAUGGUUCUGGUAAUCUCGAUACUGAUGCCAUGAAGCAUAAUACGCAGGGUUUCGAGGAAAGCUGGAAGCAAACAUCUCAGCAAACGAUUGACUACUGUGUCCAACGGACCGAGGAAACGGUCGCCGAAAUCGAGCAACGGGGUGGCCCCAAGGGAGAUUGCAAACCGACGGCCGCGAUGUUCGUCAUGUGUGUGGGAAAGGUGACCAUGAAACAAUGUCCGGCCGAUAAGUGGAAUUCAUCCGAGAUAUGCGAAAAAGUCAAGAGUGGAGAAUGUGACAAACGAGGACCUAAGCACCAUUGAAAAGAAAAGGAAACGUUGUAAACCUUACAAUGCCAAUGGACAGAAAAAUGUGCGAUAGAUAUGCUUAUCCGACGAAUCCGAAUAUUAUUUCAGUAUAAAUAAAGUUUAAUGUUUCUACAAAA